UGCACGUACCCUCGUGCUGCUCGAGAAUGUCGCGCCGUCAGCUUCGCCUCUUGGCCCUCGCCGCGCUUUGCUACACCCUUGCCGAGGCCUCUAUCCCGUCGUACAUGAAAGUAUGCGGUCGACGAAAUCCAAAACUAAACGAGUGCGUGAAGGACAGUGUUCUACAGUUGAAACCAAAACUCCAAUCUGGUAUUCCAGAGCUCGAUGUGCCAUCUCUUGAACCGUUGUAUUUUGAUGAAGUUAUCUUGGCUACACUCCCUGACUUUACAGCAGUUGCAAAAAAUCUGACAUUGAAUGGCUUAUCUAAUUUUGAAAUUAGACACUUGAAUAUCGACUUGGAAAAAAAUAGGAUCGAUCUCGAACUUCUCUUGGCAAAGGUCCUGAUGAAGUCAGACUAUAAUGUUAAAGCCAGAAUCAUUGUGCCAAUCAAUGAAAAAGGACCCAUCGACUUGACUUCAGAGAACGUGAUAGCAAAGGUCGUGCUGAAGUUCAAAAAGGUGGAGCGGCGCGGUCGGACCCUCAUCUACUUCCCGACGAUGUCUUGCAAGCUGCUGAUCGAAGACUACACGGCGAACUUUAGGUCCGGCGCGAGCGAGAGUACGAUCAGCCAAGCAAUCAACGAAAUACUGGUAACCAAUCGCAAAGAGAUCAUCGACAGCAUGACACCGAAUCUCGAGAAAGCCGUCUCCUCGAAGGUCAUCGACGUCGCCAAUCGGGUCUGCAAGCACUUUACCUUCGACGACCUCUUGCCCGACCGACUUUAAUUGCAGACUACUGACAAUAUACAUAAUCAGCCCUUUACAUAAGGCGCCCAAUCCACGUUAGAGACUGGUUACUUUAGUCUGCUUUUACGUUGCUUCGGCCAGUAAAUCGUACAACCUCGCUGAAAAUAUUUUUCUCGACUUGUCCCCGCGUGCUUCCGAGAAACGGAAAGUAAUCAAAUCAUAAUCUGCAUUUGCCCUCGCCAUCUCACGCUCUAACUUUUUUUCCGCUGGCUUGCUGAUAGUUCUCGAACUACGCGUACGUCUCUAUGCUCGAGAUGCCAGAGUUAUUGUAUUAUCAUAUUAUCACGAUGCUAAAUUACCAAUAAAUAUUAGCAUAUCACUGUUUUUCCCGACGAGAUUAAUUUUAUCAAAUAGUCAACUGUCGAACAACCGUAGACUUGUCAUUGUCAUAAAAAAGAAAUCCGGUGUUUUCAAUUAUAUGUAAGUAUGAAACGUUAUCAAUAAAGUAUAUUA